UCUUACUGAAAGUAGUCAAUCCCCUCUUCACCUUGAAGACAGCUGUCUCGCCCAUUCCUUGGCAACCGAUUUUAUCCGAACCUAUAAUUGAAAAAUACGAAUUCGAUCACCGCCCUGUUAUAUCACCGGUUUUACUACUGAUGACAGACACCUCCGUCUCGGCAAAUGCCAUUCAAUUUCGUAUGCGAUUUUUCAAUUAGUGAAAAAUGCAUUUUCGUCAUACCAUCGGAGCGUUACUUAAGCCGCGAAAACUCGCUUCGACUUACGGAGAGUAUUCGAGUGGACCGAACAGACCAGUCAACGGAAUUUAUUGGCACUGGAUUCGACGCCUUCAUUCAACCUUCAAUCCUCCGUCGUCGGUCGUCAAUAGCUAGAACGACGACUUUCUCGGUUUGUCAGUCAACGAAGCGCGAGGCUGCUGCUGUGCUGGUGUGCAUUGAACGAGAAAAGCAUCUGGACCGGAAAAUGUCAGCUCGGACGUCGUCGUCUUCGUCAGUGCUGCUACCGGCAUUGAUGGUGACGGCCAUUCUGGCGGCACUAUUGACGAGCUCGGGAUGCAUGGCUGCCGGAUCUGCUAAACCCAUGCGACGCCCAGACGACCAUCCGAAGGAACCGUCAACCACAUCGACGGACACACAGGUUAACCAGCUCAAGGAACUCCUUGUCGAAGCAAAUCGUAAAGCUACAUCUAUGAAAUCUUCGGCGAAAUCAUUGCAGCAAAAGUAUUCCAAAUAUAUGGCUCAAGUUGCUCGCAAUGGAUGGCCAACAGCACAAAAGCAACACUUCGUAGAGGAAUCUCUACGAAACAAUGCUCAACACUUGCGGGCCAACUUUAGGCAGUUUGAAAAUCAGAUGCGAUCGGUUGCACCCCGUGUCAAAUAUCUGCGUGAUUUAGCUCGGCAAGGACCCAACAGGAAGCAGAUGGAACAAAAUGUCAAGCUGUACGAAAUAAUUAUGAACCUGGUCAAAAGCUUCAUCGAGUGUCCGGGGCAGAUUCUGGAUUUGCUAGGUGCGUCGGAUAGUGACGGGGUUGAUUCGUUGCCAACCGACAGCGGUGAGAACGGGACUGGAGAGGGGGAUUUGUACGCUAACUAUUACUGAUGACGAAAAAUGUUACAAUAGAAUGAUCUAGUUUAUACGAACAUUCAUUCAUAAUAAAAAGCUUAUUUGUGCAGCAUAAACUACA